AUGGACAACACUGGAGAGGACGCGGCGGCGGCGGCGCGGUGGGGAGACAUGGACGCCGACUGCCUCGUGGAGAUCUUCCGGCGGCUGCCGCUCGACGACGUGGCCGCGGCGGCGCCGCUGGUGUGCCGGUCGUGGCGCGCCGCGGCGGGCGACGCGUCGCUGUGGCGGGAGCUCGACCUCCGCGGAGGCGGCAGCGCCACGGGGACGCGGUUCAUGCCGUGGUCGCCGCUGGCGGCCGCGUUCGCGGCGCGCUACGGCGUCCGGCGCUUCUCCUUCGCCGGCUACCUCCGCCUCUGCGUCGCGCGCGCCGGGGGCUCCGCCGUGGAGAUCGCGCUCCCGCCGCUGCUCGGCGCGCCCGAGCUGGACCUCGUGUCGCUCCGGUGCCCGGCGCUGAGGAGGGUCUCCCUCCCGGCGCUGCCCGCCGCCGACGACGCGCGACUGCCGGACGUCGUGGCCCGGUGGCACAGCCUGGAGCACCUGGAGCUAGAGUACAGGCCGGCGUCGUUCCCGGCGACGGCGGCGCGCCUCGGCGCCAGCUGCCCUCGCUUCUCCGGCCUCAAGAUGGCCGGCGCCAUCCGUGAACAGGACGCCGCGGCCAUGGCGACGUCGCUGCCACGGCUGAAGCAUCUCUGCCUGGACGGGUGCUACCUGCCGAAGCAGGUGCUCCUCGCCGUCAUCCAUGGCGGCCCGGAGCUGGAGGCGCUGAGCGCGAAGCUCUGCGUGGGGUUCGACGAGGGAGACGAGGACGUGGCGAGGGAGGCCGCCAUGAUCGCGCGGUUCGAGGUUGGAGGGUCCAGAUUGGUCGACAAGUUUGACCAGCGUGACGCGGACGGCCAGGAUGAUGACACGUCAUCCUACGUGGAUGUCAUGUGACCUUGCUGCGUCGCCAGCUUCCCCAUUCCAACUAUUCGGCUUCAGUAAAAUUCAUGCGUAUAUGUCAUACUAUUAAUUUGUGGUAUCAAAAUCUGUUUACGCCUGAAAUUUCACAGGAUUUUUUGAAUGGAAUUUUAAGAUCCCUUGAUUUAUUUAAAGAAUGUAAAUUAGGAGGAUUUCAAUCAUAUAGAAAAGAAAUCCUUGAAAGGCAUUGGAAAGAGAUGAUUGGAUCCUAUCAUUUUAUUUGACAAUCCUAUAGAGAUUUUGAGAAAAUUCAGCAAGAGCUACGUGUUGGAAAAUCUCUUUCGUGCCUAUGUCUGGUUAAUGUGUUUUUACU